CUGAAGUGAGCUCGACUCGAAGCAAGAGACAAAACUGCCUACAGACAAAAAAAAAUUCUCGAUCGGUAAAGUCGUUCGCGGAGCGCUGCGCUGUUGAUGUUAGCAUUGCUAUUGUUGUUAAUUGCCAAAGAAAAUACGACAUUAUUCGCUGUGUGAUCUCGGUUGUUUUUGGGCUUCCAAUUUCAAGCCAUAUCUUUCGAUAAAACAAAGAAUCAGUUGCCUAUAUACAACUAUAUGUAUGUUUGUUGCACUUUUUUUUGCUGUGCUGCGGUUUUAACAUCGCUGUUUGUCAAUACGAAGACGAAGUGACAAAAUGAAAUUUAAAAGCAUUUAAGAAACCAAAAAUCAAAGAAUAUACAAAAAUAUAAUAAGCGGAAAACACUGAAACGGGUUCGAGAUUGGAAUAAACAUGGAUAAGGACAUGGAUUUUGGAAUGGGACUGCACCCAGUCACAGACAUGUUGAUGGAUUCCCCAGCUGCAGUACGCCAGUCGAUCUACCCGCCUUCAGCGACACUAUUUGCGGCCAUUAGUGCCUGUGUCUUUGUGACCAUCGGCGUUCUUGGCAACCUGAUUACCCUGCUGGCUCUGCUCAAAAGCCCCACGAUACGGGAGCACGCCACCACUGCCUUCGUCAUCUCACUAAGCAUCUCCGACCUGCUCUUCUGCUCCUUCAGCCUGCCCCUGACAGCGGUUCGGUUCUUUCAGGAGAGCUGGACCUUUGGCACCACAUUGUGCAAGAUCUUUCCAGUGAUUUUCUACGGCAAUGUGGCUGUUUCACUCCUCAGCAUGGUGGGCAUCACCCUUAACAGAUAUAUACUCAUCGCUUGCCACAGCCGCUACUCGCAGAUAUACAAGCCGAAGUUCAUAACCCUGCAGCUGCUGUUCGUAUGGGCCGUGUCCUUCCUACUGCUGCUGCCGCCCAUUUUGGGUAUUUGGGGAGAGAUGGGCCUGGACGAGGCCACCUUUUCAUGUACGAUACUCAGGAAGGAGGGACGAUCGAUUAAGAAGACCCUGUUCGUCAUCGGAUUCCUACUGCCCUGCCUGGUGAUCAUCGUCUCUUACUCCUGCAUCUACAUCACGGUGCUUCAUCAGAAGAAGAAGAUCCGCAACCAUGAUAACUUCCAGAUUGGUGCUAAUGCGGCAGGCAAGGGCUCCUCCGCUGGCGGAUCCUACAUGACCACGACGUGCACACGGAAGGCACGAGAGGACAACCGACUGACCGUAAUGAUGGUCACUAUCUUUCUGUGCUUCCUUGUUUGCUUCCUUCCACUGAUGCUCGCCAAUGUGGUGGACGAUGAGCGCAAUACCUCGUAUCCCUGGCUGCACAUCAUCGCCUCGGUGAUGGCUUGGGCCUCCAGCGUCAUCAAUCCGAUAAUCUAUGCGGCCAGCAAUCGCAAUUACAGAGCCGCCUAUUACAAGAUCUUUGCGCUGCUCAAGUUCUGGGGCGAGCCGUUGUCGCCGAUGCCGAGUAGAAACUAUCACCAAAGCAAGAACUCCAAGGAGCUGUCGGGCGUCAUCCGCAGCACGCCGCUCUUCCACGCUGUGCAGAAGAAUAGUAUUAACCAAAUGUGCCAAACAUAUUCAGUAUGAUCGAGAUCGCAGUCGAGUCUUUGUAUUAGAGCUUCAAAUCAAUUACCUACUUAUUAAUACUUAGUUCAUAAGAAUAUUAACGAUGUACGGCAGUGCUUACAUCAAAGACAAUCGAAUUAAAUAUAUAUACGUAGACCAA